AUGAGUAAAGAAGUCAAGACAAGUCUAGAUGAAACCGGGAUAUACGAGGAAGUUGAGGCUGAGAAGUCAUACCGCAGGAAAGUGGACCUUUAUGUGUUGCCCAUGCUGUGUUUGAUGUACUUCUUUGACUGUAUGGAUCGGAGUAACUUGGCAAAUGCCAAAACAAAUGGUCUGGAUGAGGACUUGCACUUUGAAGGGAACGAAUACUCUCUCCUCAUCCUGAUCUUCUACAUUCCCUUUGGUUUGUUUGAUCUUCCAUGGAAUCUGCUGACCAAGUUCUUUUCCGGCCGACUGAUGCUUUCGUCCAUGUCUGUUGUCUGGGGCAUCCUUGCUCUAUGCCAAUGCGCAGCGAAGAGUUUUGGCUCAUUACUUGCUAUCAGGACCAUCUUAGGUGCCUUUGAGGCUGGAUUUUUUGCUGGGGCUACCUUCUAUAUGACCCUCUUCUACACAAGGGGAGAGAUAGGCUUUCGCCUGGCAAUUAUGCAGUCCUUUGCAGUUCUUGCUUCUGCAUUCAGUGGUUUGAUUUCAUACGGUGUUUUUCAAAUCAAUGAUCCUGCAGUUAAGGGAUGGCAAUGGUUGUUCAUCAUUGAGGGCGGCAUGACCCUCAUCACAGGAAUCUUAGGAUUCUUUAUCCUCCCAGAUGUUCCUCAAAGAGCUUGGUUCUUGAAUCAGCGAGAACGAAAAGCAGCUACAGUCCGUCUUCUGCGAGAUUCGUCAGUCGAAGUCUCUACAGCGUUCGACCUAAAGGCCUGUUUCCAGUCUUGGCAGGAUUGGAAAUUCCCUAUCUGGUGUAUCAUUUGCUUUACCUACCCCGUAGCUUAUGCAACAGCGAUGAAUUUCUUUCCCCUGAUUGUUCAACGUCUAGGAUUCUCAACUGUCAAGACAAAUUUGUGGACGGUAGCACCAAACCUUGUUGGUGCGGUUGUGUUACUCUGUGUUGCCAAAUCUUCCGACUACUUCCGUGAGAGAACAUUCCAUAUCGUUUUCUCGUUGACUAUCUCACUUGUGGGAAUGGUCAUAUUGGCCGCUAUCGACGUCUUAAAUAACAAGGCAGUGGCUUAUUUUGCCUGCUUCCUAGUGGCUGCAGGGGCAUAUAUUCCAUCGGCUUUGUUUCAUGCCUGGCAUAAUAAUAACAACAUCCAUGAGAACUCCCGCGCUGCCAACACAGGCCUUCUCGUUGGCUUGGGAAAUCUUGCGGGAAUUUUGAGUGCUGCGACCUUUCGUACAGAAUAUGCGCCUAAGUAA